CUUUCCGUACUUACCGGGGCGGGGUCCAAGUGUAUGAUUCUGUUUUGUGUAGCUGUAGCUACACAUUGCUAUAGCAUCCUAACGGAUAAAACAAGAAAAGCUUUGUUUAAUGAACUUAAUAUUUGAAUAGAAAUGCUUCGUACAUCAAAAUUGUGUCGUGUGUAUGUCUAAGAAAUACAGCCGCGCGUUUCCCUUAUUCCUGUUUAUUUUGCUAGUUGUUGCUAUUUACUAGCUAGGUGUGUAAAAUAUCAUCAACUCCUGCAACUAAGCCGUUCUUUAUACGGGGCGUUCUGACAAAAUGGCCCUGUUGGAGACAGAGAAUGGCGGUUUUGGUGCUGAAGGGAACGAGUCGGACGCCAUGGUCCAAAGUUGUCUCCUGAGCGGCUUCAGUGAGAGCGAAGAGACCCGAGCCCUGAUCACCAGCCUUCCGGAGGUUCACGGCAACAGCGUAACGAGCGAGUCCGCCACACAGAGGUUCUUGGUGAUUCUGAACAGGUAUCAAGAGCAGCCUCAUCUGCUGGACCCACAUUUGGAAUGGAUGUUGAACACGAUACUGGAGUUUGUGAGGAGUGAGCAAUCUCCACCGUCACUCGUUCAUUUGGGAUUCAGGUUUCUGUACAUCAUCUGUAAGGUAAGAGGCUACAAAAUCUUCAUGCAGCUUUUCCCCCAUGAAGUGGCAGAUGUCCAGCCAGUUCUAGACCUCCUGUCUAGACAAGAUCCCAAAGACACUGAGACAUGGGAGACACGGUACAUGCUGCUGUUGUGGCUCUCCAUGACCUGCCUCAUUCCCUUUGACCUUUCCCGUCUGGACGGCCACCUUGAGCCAGACGGGAGCAAAGCCAGGGAGUCCAUCAUGGACCGAAUUUUAUCAAUAGCAAAGUGUUAUCUGGUCGUCAGUGACACUCCCAGAGAUGCUGCAUCUGUACUGGUUUCAAAGUUCAUGACACGCCCUGAUGUAAAACUGAAGCGCCUUGGAGACUUUUUGGACUGGAACCUCACCACAAUUUCCCAAGCCAAUGACCAGUCAAUGGGAGACAUUAUGGUGCUGGAUGGUGCUCUACAGUCUCUGGCGAAGCUUUUUAAACAUGGAAAGCGAGAUGAUAUCCUCAAGUACGCUCCUACAAUUCUACAGUGUCUGGAACAGAAACACCUGUCAGAGAGCAGCCAGGCCAUGAUGAGGAAGCUUGGAGUUAAACUGACCCAGAGGCUCGGCCUCACCUUUCUGAAGCCACGCCUGGCCUCUUGGAGGUACCAGAGAGGCAGCCGCUCCCUCGCAGCAAACCUUUCCACGCCCAAACCUGGUGGAGCCACCGAUGCCGUGACUCCUGAUGUGGAGACACAAGAGAAGGAGGAAGACUAUGACAUACCCGAGGAGGUGGAGACUGUCAUUGAGCAUCUACUGGUGGGACUGAAAGACAAAGAGACAAUUGUGCGCUGGUCUGCGGCAAAGGGCAUUGGGAGGGUGACUGGGAGGCUUCCCAAGGAGCUGGCAGAUGAGGUCGUUGAGUCACUGAUGGACUGCUUCAGCUUCCAGGAAACGGACAAUGCUUGGCACGGGGGCUGCCUGGCACUGGCUGAGCUCGGUAGGAGAGGCUUGCUCCUGCCUUCCAGAUUGCCAGAUGUUGUGCCACUCAUCAUCAAGUCCCUGACCUAUGAGGAGAAGCGAGGCGCGUGCAGCGUCGGCUCCAACGUGCGCGACGCCGCCUGCUAUGUGUGCUGGUCCUUCGCCAGGGCCUAUGAACCCAAGGAGCUGGAGCCUUUUGUCUCGCAGAUUGCCAGUGCUUUGCUGAUCACCACCGCGUUUGAUCGAAACGUGAACUGCCGCAGAGCUGCCUCUGCUGCUUACCAGGAAAAUGUCGGCCGACAGGGGACAUUUCCUCAUGGUAUCGACAUCUUAACUGCAGCAGAUUACUACGCUGUUGGAAAUAUCAGCAACUGCUACCUAAACAUUAGUGUUUAUAUCGCUGGUUUCCCAGAGUACACCAAGGCCAUGAUAGACCAUUUAGUGGCCAUGAAGAUCAACCACUGGGACGGUGCGAUCCGAGAGCUUGCCACUAAGGCGCUUCACAAUCUGACCCCACAAGCGCCUGAUUACAUGGCAACAACAGUCCUGCCUCAGCUGUUGCCCGUAGCAGUGGGUAUGGACCUCCAUGGUCGCCAUGGGGCCGUCCUGGCCUGUGCCGAGAUCACCCAUGCUCUGUACAAGCUGGGCCUUCAGACAAACAGGUCAGUGGUGGAUAUAAUUCCUUUAGAGUGCGUGGACGCAUUAAAAAACAUGCACCAGGUGCUACACGACAGGAAACAGUACAGGGGCUUUGGUGGGGAACUAAUGAGACCAGCAAUGUGUGUCCUUAUAGAAAAGCUGUCGCUCUCUAAAAUGCCUUUCAAGGAUGAGCCUGUCAUUACCGGCUGGCAGUGGCUCAUUGACGACACCAUAAAGUCUCUUCAUCUCAUCUCUAGCGGAGCGAAGGAUGGCAUCACUAACGCACUGGUGUCGGCGCUGUCUGCUCUGUGUGAGGAGUACUACCAGGCCCAGCCAGGACAGGCUGACUCACAAAUGCAAGAUGUCCUGGUGACUCAGUAUACCGAAGGGCUGAGGAGUCCGCAGAUGCUCACGCGCUGUGGGUCGGCUCUCGCUCUGGGCUGCCUGCCAAGAUGCAUGAUCCAGAGCAAGCUCACGCAGAUCUUUGCAGGGCUCCAGCAGAUGUGCUCUGUCAGCCAGAAAGAAGGGACUUUCACCGAGGCCAGGAGAGAUGCAGUCAGAGCUCUUGCUCAAGUGUGCGUGAAGGCAGACGUUUGUGCCCACGGCUCCCCGGACUCGACUCUGUGCUCGGAGAAUGUCACUGAGGUGUUCAACACGCUGCUCGAAAGCAUGAGCGACUACACCACAGACAGCAGGGGGGACGUGGGGGCCUGGGUGAGAGAAGCAGCAAUGACUGGUGUGAUGGACGUGACUAUGCUGGUAGCUGCCACUGCACCCAACAUUCUUCUGCCAGACAUUGUGAGGUCUAUGAUGUGCUGCUUGGCCCAGCAGGCAGCAGAGAAAAUCGACCGGUACAGAGCUCACGCUGGCAACAUCUUCCUGCGCCUCCUCCACAGCACGGACCCUGCAGUACCACACAUCCCCCACCGGGAGGAGCUGUUGGGCAUUUUUCCUGUUGAGACCACAACCAGUUUGAACUGGAACGCUCCAUCCCAAGCCUUCCAGUAUAUAACCCAGCUGCUGGGCCUUCCUCAGUAUCAGUACCACACCCUGCUCGGGCUCACUGUGUCUGUGGGAGGGAUCACUGAGUCCACGGUGCAUUUUUCUUCUCAGUCACUGUUCGACUUCCUGAGAGGUGUCCAGAACGACGACGCUGCUCUGAUGCAGUUUGGAGAUACCCUGCUGCGCAUCUUUAAAGACAACCUCCGUAACGACAGGGUGUCUAUUCCUUUGCUAAAGAUGCUCAAUCAGAUGCUGGCUAAUGGCUGCUUUGAAAUUUUCACCACACAAGAAAAUCAUCAGUUCUGUGUGGAUCUUUUGGCUCUUUGCAAAGAGCUGAAGAAGUCCAAAGAUAUUUCCAAGCUACGUGCCUCUAUAUACGUCUUCUGUGGACUGAUCCAGUUCCAGGGCGAAGUGAGGAAGAAGGUUUUGUCCCAGCUGCUGAUGCUCCUCUGCCAUUCAUUUCCCGUGAUAAGGAUGACCACCGCCAGCCAGAUGUAUGAGAUGCUGCUAACCUACGAUGACGUCAUAGACCCAGAGGUGUUGGAUGAUGUCGUUACCCUGCUGAGUGAUACCAAUUGGGAGGGUGACCUUGUCACUGUCCGGUCCCAAAGGAAUCAACUCUGCGAUAUGAUGGGAAUAUCCAGGCCCCUGAUUGUUGUCAAGAAUGCUGGACAGGCUUCAUGAUCACCCAGGAGCUGAGAAAACCAGCAGGACGUAGGCGCCUGCAGAUGUUCUUGUAUCACUUGUUUUCCAUCUGCCAGUGCAAUGACUCCCAAUCAUUUUACACAAUACUAAUUGGAGCUUUUCCACCUCACUGUAAUUACUGAUGAUGACAGAUGCUCCAAUAAAAGUCUAAUCUUUAAACCCACCACUCUAUCAGUCCACCUAUAUUUAUAUAAGCCGUGUUUUGGUCUUGUUUCCUGUUGUCUGAGGGCUUUAACACCGUUAAACCUAUAAAGCUUGUUUUGUUGGUGCAUUAUCUAAGCACCAGGUAACCUUAAAUAAAUCGGUGUAAUCGUU